AUGCCUGUUGCUGUACCUCCACCAAAAAAGGCAAAUGUUGUUCAAGUAACAAUUUAUAUGGAAGCACAAUGUCCAGACACAACGGGUUUUAUCAGACGCCAAUUAUUGCCUUCCUGGUCGAGGCUGAGUUCUACACGAAGAUUAAACGUAACUCUUGUGCCUUUUGGAAAAGCUAGUUGUGUAGCUGAAGAGGAUGAUUACAAAUGUGACUGCCAACACGGAAAAGAUGAAUGCGAAUUGAAUCAGUUAAUGAAUUGUGCAAUAGAACAUUUACCAGAUCCAGAAAGCCAUAUUCCUUUAAUUGGAUGUGUUCAAGGCAAAGACAAUUUAAUUGCAGCUUUUAGAAGUUGUUUAAAUGGGCAUUCUUCUUCUGAUUUAUUAUGGACUUGUUCUAUAGGCAAACUUGGUCGUCGCCUUCACGCUCUCGCUGGAAACAAAACAAUUUCUAUCGGUGAUUCUUUUAAUUUUGUUCCAUGGGUUGUUUUGGAUGGUCAAAGGGAAAAUGAUGCAUUUUAUGCUUUAGAAGAGAAUCUCUGUAAACGGAUACAUGAUCCAGUACCAAAACAAUGUCUCAAGUUUUUGUGA